AUGGAGAGAGAGGUCGUUGCCGCAUUAGGCAAAGGUGAGCCAGAGGAGAUCAUGAGCAGUGCCUUCAAACUAAGGGUCACGCGCCAGGACAUCCACACCCUAAGGAAGCUUUGCUGGCUAAAUGAUGAGGUCAUCAAUUUCUACAUGGGUCUUGUGACGGAAAGAAGUAAGAAGGAGGGAUAUCCAUCAGUCCAUGCUUUUAGUUCGUUCUUUUAUGAAAAACUUGCUUCUGGGGGCUACAAAGCCGUGGGAAGAUGGACGAGGCGUGUGGAUCUCUUCAACAAGGACAUCAUCUUAGUGCCCAUUAACUUGCGUUUGCACUGGACAUUAGCGGUCAUAGACACCAGAAAGAAGACCAUCAAAUACUACGACUCCCUGGGAGAAGGAGGGGACAAGAUUUGUGAGACUUUGCUCAAAUACCUGCAAGAAGAAAGCUGUGAAAAAAGACACGUGAACCUGAAUGUUUCAGAGUGGACUGUUCACAGCAUGGAGCCACAUGAAAUCCCUCAGCAAUCGAAUGGAAGCGACUGCGGCGUUUUCACCUGCAAAUACGCAGAUUACAUCUCGAGAGACAGACCGAUGACCUUUACACAGAGCCACAUGCCUUACUUCCGUAAGAAGAUGGUGUGGGAAAUACUCCAUCAAGAGCUGCUGUGACACCUGCACUACAGGAGUAACCCUGGGGUCACCUUUGGGUGACCAACUCUUUUUCUAGUUACUUUUUUAAUACUUUGUUGUUGUUGUUAGAAAUUUUUCUCUGUAGGUUAAGAAGUAGUGGUUAAGAUU